UUCCUCUUCAGUCAUUGAUUCACUUUUUACAUUUUUACAGUAAUGAGAGAGAUACGUUAACUUAGUGUUACGAUAAUAUAAGAAGACGUGGCGGGGUGGUAUAAAUGUGUGAUUUUAAGUUUUAUUGAGGGAUAAGGUGGGCUCGAUUUUGUAAAUAUAUAACUUCUUAAAUUAUUGUCGUAUAAUAGGUGAGGAGGUAUUGGUAAAAUACAUAAGCGACAACGAAGACAACGACGACGACGACGACCAAGUACCGGUGGGAUUUGAGUGGGAGUGUAAGGGAGAAAUGACGGAUAGUCAGCAGCAGUUUUGCUUGCGGUGGAACAACUUUCAGGCAAAUAUAACAAGUCAAUUUGAAGCAUUACGCGAUGAUGAGGACUUUGUGGACGUCACCUUUGCCUGUGAUGGGAGGAGACUCCAGGCUCACAAGGUCGUUCUUUCGGCUUGCAGUCCGUACUUCAAGGAGUUGUUCAAGACAAAUCCUUGCAAACAUCCGAUAAUUUUUAUGAGGGAUGUAGAAUUUGAACACCUACAAUCUUUGUUGGAAUUUAUGUAUGCUGGUGAGGUGAAUAUUUCUCAAGCAGAAUUACCGACUUUUCUACGCACUGCUGAGUCGCUUCAAAUUCGCGGACUUACAGACUCACAAAAUCAACAAAACAACGAAAAGCACUCUAAAACUAACAAUAUUCAUCCUUCAAAUGGUCGUGGCUUAAUUUCACCUAACUUUGAUGAGGAUCGCAGCAGAACUCCACCAGCAUCGAGUCCACCACCUCUCAAAAGGCUGUGUAAAAAAAGUGAUUCACCGAAAAACUCUAGUCCAUUACCCGCAGUUGCGCCUUGUACCACUUCUACUCCUCGUACUCGUCCCGUAAUUGAGCCACAAGUUCAGCUCGAUUGUUACAAAGAUCUCGAUAUUGUUGAGCCUAAGGUUGAACUACCUGAGUAUGGUAGCGAUGAAGAUUACUCACCAAAGCAAGAAGUUAAUGCGGUACCUGGAGGAUUUAUCAGUUUGGACGGGGGCAUGGAAGUUUUGCCAACCUACCCAUCAACUUAUCAAGGGAGUGGACUGGAAGGAGGAAUACCAGGCCCAUCACACGGGAAUGCUGAACCAAAUCAAGAGCAAGGACGAAGAGCACGUCGUGGCAGGCCCCGACUUGGUACGAAAAGUGGAAGACACUUAACAUCCACUCAUGGGAGUUCACCAUCGAGAAACGAUUGGUUACCUGGUCCAUUAGACAUGAGUACAACGCCACCAACUAUGCCAGCGUUUCGGGGAUUCGAAGAAUCGUCACCAGACGGCGUGGUACACUUGGGAGAAGGAAUUGCAGUUUGUGAAGAGCAAUUAAAGGCAGUGAAGUGGAGCGACUAUAGAAAAUUAACACGAGGACUAGCAGCGAUACUUUUUAGCCCUACUGAACUUGCUACAUGUUCUGUCACUGGGCAAAGAUGGAGUCGAGCGGGAACAGCGACUGAAAGACCAGUUAAACCUGCACUUGAUCGAGCAAAAGUUCAAGCUAUUAUAUCUUACGUGACAUCAAGGUUCCCAUCAGUAGAUGUGAGCAGUGUAAAGCAAGUAUUGGCCUAUAAGUGUAAAGAAAAUUCAACGGCUCUAAAAAUGAAAUCAAUUCGGUAUAUAUGUGAGAGACAAGACACAGAUACAUCGCCACGUGGUGACUCUGAGGACAAGUGAGAGGAGGUAAGGGGUGCGCGUAGGGUGCAGCCCACCCUUCUGCUACGCCGCGUCCUCCCGCACCCUCUGCACCACUUUAAUCGUCGGUGCUCUGGCCCCGAGGAGUCCCAAGACAUUCAUCGUCAUCAUCGCAAUUAUUUGCAUCACCAAGAAUUAUUAUUCGUUCAACCAUCAACUGUUCCUACGCUUGAAGGUUUUGUACAUCUUCAUACUAUUCAUCAUACCUUAAAGACGACUUUAAGAAAAGCUGAAACUAGCUCAUAUUUUGUAUCUUCUUCAAGAUAAUUUGGUUUAUUUUAUUUUUUUUUGUUAAUUCAAUUCUUGCACUUUCGUACUCGGUUUUUGGAAUUUUUAUUAAUUAAUAUACUACAUUGUAAAAAAUCAGAAGUAAAUAUAGAUUGUAUUUCGAUCCGAAUUCACUCCGUCACUCGGAGUUCCAGAGUUUUAAAAAAAGUCACUCUGCACACGGAGUAAAUAAGGAGUUUUUUUCAACGGAAGGAUUUCGUGGUAAGAUUGAUUUUAUUUUAUUCCACAUCCAAUUUGAUCCGGAUCUUCAACAUUAAAAUAAAUUCCCUUUCAUAGUAAAUUUCGUUCCGAGGAGAGUAAAUAAAUAUAAAUCAUCCGUUCCAAAUUCACUCCGCGUUCACAUCAGAUUCAAUCUACUUUUACUCCGCAAAUUUCUUACAGUAUAUAACAUCGUUUGAGGCUAUGAUUGAUAAAAUAAUAGAUAAUAAAAUUCGACUAUCAUACUUAGCAACGUGAUACUUUGAGUUUCAUUAUAAAAAUAAAAUCUACAGUAAUUUAUUUUAAACAACUUAAAAAAAAAAAAAAACCAUAGAAUAAAAAGUGAAGAAAUUGAUGAAGACAUACUCUGAUUUGUUUUAUUAUUUUUCAUACUAAAGGAAUUAAGAUUUACUUAUUCUUAUCUAAAGCCACCUCUAAAAUGUAAAUAUCCUCGGUACCAUUUAGUUUAUUUAUUUAUUGUUUUUUCAUCAAUGCUCAAUAAAUAUAAUAUAUUGCAAUAAGCAUAUCUUUUUAAAAUUUCAAUCGGCUUUCUGAUGAUAGUUAUAUUAAGUUAUCUGCGACACUUGACGAUUUAGUUAUAUACAUACUUUCAUUUUAACUUUUAAGAACAUUAAGCUUCAAUGGUAACAAAAAUUGAAAAUCAAUAAUGAAAAACUUCUUUUCUAUUUUAACGUUACUAUAUUUCGUUUGAUUUUUUACUUAUUGAAAACUAUUUUUUAAUUAAUUGAGUCGAAAGUGCAUUUUA